UUGAAAAUUGGACUUGACUUUGUUUCCAAACGUUUAGCUUUCACUCUAUCUCCCUGUCUCUGUGUCUCUGUUUCCCUUCGACUCUAUUUUUGGUCCCUGGUUUCAAUUUUUUUUUUUGAAUUAUUAUCCAGAAUAAUAAUAAUAAAUUGAUUAUUAUAAAUUCCUCAGUAAAAAAAAAAAUGUCUUCAGCUAAACCACCGAUGACUCGAAUGCAAGGCCGAAAAAUGGCUGGUGGUCGAUCACAAUCGGAUGAAAUACCAAAUAAAUUUGCCAUGAUUAAUGUAACUGUCAGUAUGUUGAUUUUUGUGGCCAUGACUUUUGCGUUUUUCAAAUUUCAUAAAUUGAUUGUCCAAACUCCAAAACUAAUUUCGGUAACUGACCGCCUGGUAUACACAUUACAAAUGCAGCCAUUUACAAUGAUUCCAAUGUAUUUUUGCGUCUUGAAUGUUAUAAUGAAUCGAUUACAAACUUCCGUAUUGAAUCCGUUGAGUGGACAUGAAGCUUACAUUGAAAAAUCGGUUCGAAUAUUGACCAAUACAUUUGAACAGACAUUCAUGAAUGUUAUUUGUCAAUUGUCGUUGGCUGUCUAUAUUCAUUCGGAAUACAUGUAUUUCAUUCCAUAUAUGGUUUUUUGUUUCGUCGCUGGUCGAAUCCUGUUCAUCGUUGGCUAUACCAUUCAUCCAAAAUAUCGUACAUUUGGUUUCGUUUUAUCACAUGGUAUUACAUCGUUGGCAUUCAUGUUUACACUUGGCUAUGCAACUGGUAUAACACGAUUGUUCCAUUCAUCAAGUAGUCCAGGAAAAACUGAACUUUAAAUUUCAUUCAUUAUAUGAUAUGAUUAUAUAUAAUUAUAAUCACUAUAUAUUAUCAUCAUUCAAUUUUAUAUAAUCAACUCAUAUAAACCAUAAAUUAUAUCGAAUAGCUUUGAACAUAAAUAAUUCAUAAAUACUCACUAAAUAUCCAUUCA